AUGUCGAGGGCUGUUUAUUCUAAAUUGUGGAUGUCCACUUCUCAAUUUCAUUUGAGAAGGCAAUACGGAUGGACUCACGUAUGUAAACGACUUACACCUUGGGUGUUCGUUGUUGGAUUUUUUGGUGUGUGGACGUAUUUUCCGACCCUCAGCAAUGAAAAUAAGAAGAGACUAACUCUGGGAUUAUGGAAUCCUCCUACUGUUGGAUAUUUUAAAUUCCUAUCAAAGGAAGAGGAAUAA